AUGGAGGAUCGACCCAAUGAGUUAGAAGAAGCCAUUCGCAACAUUGUCCAGAUCAUGAAGCAAAUCCCACAGCUCGCAGAGAACUGGCUUGGCGUCGUGGGAAGUCUGGCAUUGUGGCACUACCUCCCUUCUCGCCCACCAGGAGAUGAAAUCGAGUUCGUCACAAAUGUUGCACACAUCAGCUCUCUGAAAGAGAUGUUGCUAGACCACCCUAGCUCCCCCUUCAGAGUAGAAAGGCAGGCCUUUCUCUACCGUAGUCCCGCAGGCCGAGACAUCCCAGUAAAAAUAUCCUCACGGUGGUGGUGUCCUCAACUACCGGAACCAGAACAUCUCGUUCGUGGCAUCCCUUACGGCGGGGUUCCUUACGUAUCGUUGCCAGAACUAGCCUCCUUCAUGCUCAAGUUGAGCAAAUCGAAGACUCUUAGUCAAGAACAACGGCGACGGAACUCCAUCGACGCAGCGGAACUCAUAAAUUACGAGUUGCGGCGAGACUCCCCAGAUCACGACGGGGCCCCCAUCAAGGACGAAACCUUUCGAGCACGCAAGAGAAGAUACCUGCAAUCAAUGGCCUUACGGCUGCCACCGGCCGAAGACUCGGCUGUCGUACAAGGAGAUGAAGUCGAAGAGGACGCUGAAUUCUCACUGUCUCCGGUCAUGCAGACGCUGCCGCCCCUCGAGGCCUGA